UUCACCCCUCCACAACUCGAAUCAAAAACAGAAAAGGAAAAGAGAGAAAAGAGAGAGGAAUCCGUUUUUCGUUUCCGAGCUUUUUUUAUAUUGGGUUUGUAAUUUUUGUAAACCCUAACUUAAAAAAAGCCGGUAUUUCCCUCUCUCUGAUUGAAAAUUUUUCAUUCCAAAAGCUUCGACAAAACUCUGAUAAAUUUUCAAUCUUUACAGAACGGGGUCUAUCUACCUACCUGCAUUUCUCUGUUUUGGGUUUUUGCUCUAAUUUAUCAGCUCCAAUACUUUAAUCACUGAUAAUUUAACAAAAUGGUGUUGUGGGUAUUUGGAUAUGGUUCAUUGGUAUACAACUUUGGUUUUGAUUAUGAUGAGAAAGUUGUAGGUUUCAUCAAGGGUCACAAGCGUGUAUUUGAUCUUGCAUGCAUUGAUCAUAGAGGUACCCCUGAACAUCCAGCAAGAACUUGUACCUUGGAGGCACGCGAAGGCGAAAUUUGCUGGGGUGCUGCAUUCUGUGUCAAAGGAGGUCCUGAAAAGGAAAGACUAGCAAUGGAGUAUUUGGAGAGAAGAGAAUGCGAGUACGAUCUAAAGGCAAGUGUAGACUUUUACAGGGAAGAUGACCCUCUCAAGCCAGCAGUAACCGGAUGCUUGGUGUUCACAUCCACUCCAUGCAAAAUAUCGAAUAAGUAUUAUUUGGGGCCAGCUCCAUUAGAGGAUAUGGCGAGUCAAAUUGCAACUGCUACUGGGCCCUGCGGGAACAAUAGAGAUUAUCUCUUCAAGUUAGAGAAGGCCUUGGCUGAUAUUGGUCAUGAGGAUGAUAUGGUGAUAGAGCUAGCAAAUGAAGUGAGGAGCGUACUAGCACGUAUCGAGAGACCUAAAGAGAAGUUGUUAGUGGGUAGUGGUAUCAGCGAUACAAGUCGAAUCUCUUUAAAAGCAGCCCAUAUGCCCUCACCUCUGCAUCUUAUCGGCGGCCCCCUUCCGGAAGCUAUUGCCAUGGACUCGUAAGAGAUAUUCAAAUUGCCGUCCUUUAACAAAACUCCUAAUUGCUGGUUUUAGUCUCUUCUUUAGCCGAUAAUUACAGAACACUUAUUUGUUUUGCCUUCUGCCUAAUAAAAAUUAGUAGGUUGACGUCUUUAGCUAUAUACUCUUCACCACUUUGUUGAUUUUCCUAUCCUUGUAUUAACUUGAAGGUAUAGAUGUAGAAGACAAAAGGAACUAUAUACUGAGUUUAUGUUAUGAGAACUAUUUUGACGUUGUUCAAUUAUCAAUGGAAAAAUCUAGUUUUAGUAAUA